CCGCGUCCGUGCCGUUGCGGCAUAAACUGUCAGUUUAUCACGAUGUGGUGGCUGGAAGGGUUUAGGUCGGGCAUGGGCCGCCUGGAGAUCCUGUUGCUUGUUUACACCUUGCUCUGCUCUCUCGGAGAUUGCCUGUUUGUAACUGAUUAUUUCACCCGGACACCUCGCAAGCUCAACGCCUACCGCUCUUUUGCCAGCGUCGAGCUGUUCCACUUCAACGUGCCUGAAGACACCGUGGUGGCUGUCUGGAACCUCAUCACCUUCAAGGAGCAAGGGGGCACCUUCGGAGACAGCUGCCCAGACCGCAAUGUGACAGUGUACUUCAGGUCAGGAGCUCCACCUGUGAUCAACCCCCUCCAUACUCGUUUUCCAAAGGACACUAUUGUACCAGGCUCUUUUGCUGUGACUUUGACAUGGACACUGCCCAACCGCACCACAGGGGUUUUCAAUGUCACCAGUCCCCUCCCGGGAGACUGGUUCCUAGCUGCACACUUACCAAAGGAUGAAGGGAAGAUCUCUGUCAAGGGUCUCCAUGAGGAAUGCCAGUACCUCUUUCAACCUCAGCUUAUUGUUCAGAGGCUCAUUGGGAUUUCUGUGCUGUAUCCUGGAUACUUCAUUGAUCAGAUGAUUCCACUUCACAAUAGAUCUGUGCUCUACAAAGUGUUCAUCCCAAACUACAUCUCUCGGGUGAAGGUACAGCUGGUGGACUGCAAUACAAAAAACAAAAGUGUGGAGAGCUGUCCAGUUCUACUGAAGAUCCGGUCAAGGGCCCCACCAGUGCAUAACUCCAGUGCUGUGGAUUGCAGAGAGAACAUCCCCUGUGAACUGGAGGUUCCACUACCAUCCUGGGAAAAGUGGUACUAUAUUUUGGUGGAGCGUUACCUAAGUAGCGCAGACGUCUACUUUCGUAUUGGCGUUCAGGUUAAAGAUUGUUCUAAGCCCACCAUCACCAAGGGUUCCUCAGCCAUGAACAUGCCCCAGUCAUUUGGCACUGCUAUGGGCUUCUCUUUGCCAGAAACCCUGCCUGCUGCCAGUCUGCCUAACUUGUCCCAGAACAGUUCGAAUCAAGGACCCAUAUUAUCUGCUGAGGACAGCAUCACUUACUUAGCGCCCACCGCCGACACCAAUAAAUGCUGGCCCAUCCGACCAACACUGCGCAAUGAGCUGGAUACAUUUUCAGUUCAUUUCUACAUCUUCUUUGGGCCCAACAUCUCCAUCCCACCAGACAGGGCUGCGAUAUUUGCCAUCAACUUAAUGCCGGUGCUGGACAGUGGAGGUGUCCUCAACAUGGAGCUCAAACUCAAUGUGUCAUCCAUGAAAGGAGAGAAUAUUACUGUCUUUGGCUGCCUGAAUCAUGGAAUGCCACUGUCCCUCCAUGACAACUCAUCAGUCAGUUGUGAAUCUGAAUCAGUUUCAGGAUUUCAACUAUCCAUUAACACAACCAAAAAUAUCACCAAGCUAAGGAUACCAUACCCACAGACUGGCACGUGGUAUCUCAGCCUGCGUUCUCUAUGUGCCACUGAGCACGGGUUUGAGCUGUGUAAUAAUGUAACAGCUGAGGUGUACCUUCGCUCUUACCUGACCCCUUGCAUCAAUGACUGUGGCACCUAUGGCCAGUGCAAACUCCUCCGCACCAACAACUUCCUGUAUGCUGCAUGCGAGUGUAAAGCAGGUUGGAAUGGCUGGGGUUGCACAGACAAUACUGAGGCAUACUCAUACGGGUUCCAGCUGCUCUCAACUCUCCUUCUGUGUCUCAGCAACUUGAUGUUCGUCCCACCUGUGACCAUUGCCAUUCGUAGUCAUUACCUGCUAGAGGCCUCCGUCUAUAUCUUUACCAUGUUCUUUUCCACUUUUUACCAUGCCUGUGACCAGCCAGGCAUUGUGGUCUUCUGCAUCAUGGAGUAUGAUGUGCUGCAGUUCUGUGACUUCCUAGGCUCACUUAUGUCAGUAUGGGUCACUGUCAUCGCCAUGGCCAGACUCAAAUCCAUUAUCAAACAGGUGCUAUACUUGCUGGGGGCAAUGGCCCUGUCUAUGGCCUUACAGCUAGACCGUCAUGGCUUGUGGAACCUGCUAGGGCCAAGCCUUUUCGCUCUGGGCAUCAUGGCCAUCGCCUGGACUGUGCGCACUAUCCGCCGGCGCCGCUGUUACCCACCAACCUGGAAGCGCUGGGUGUUUUUUCUGUUCCCUGGCACCACAAUUGCCACAUCAGCAGUGGCCUUAUAUGCCUUUGUGGAGACGGAAGAGAACUACUUUUACAUACACAGUAUCUGGCACAUGCUGAUCGCCGGAAGUGUCGGCUUUCUUCUGCCACCACGUGCCAAACCUGAUGUGAAAGUCACUCCCCUCAAACGGCGGCGAGGCUGUGGCUACCAGCUCUGUGUCAAUGAACACGAGGAGAUGGGAUUGGUGGACCCAGCUAUCAUUACCAUCAACAGCAUAUGCACCAGCUGAUGAUGUUCAACAGAGUUUAGCAACGCAGACUUGUAUUUGCCUUUCCUCUCCUUCCUUUGGAAUAUAAAACACGGAAAACAAAGCCAGAGAACUUAAAGAUGCACUGUAAAUAACUUUUGACUAAACACAUGCAUACACAUACAGUAUAUGUACAAGUUUUUUGUCAUUGUUAUUUGGAUUACUAUUGUUAAUACCGUUUGCAUUGUUAGUAUCUUGGAAUUGUUUGUGUCAGUACAGCGAUGCACUGUUGUUAGUGCAUUAUUUAAAAAGUGAAAGCUGAUUUUGCUGCUGCUACUUGACAUUGACUGUAAAAUUGAACAAUGUGUCAUGUAAUUUAUUCAUUGUUAUUUGGCUGACCAAAUGUUGUUUUUUUCUUCUUUUUUUUCUUUUAUUUUUAUUUUGUGUGUGUGUGUGUGUGUGUUUCGAGGAUGCUAACGAAGAACAUUUUUGGUGGAUGUACUGUACCAAGGGCACUGCUUUGUAUCUAUUUUACUUUCUUAACAUCUUUUGCACUAAGACACAAAAAUGUGAUACUGUUCAUUUUUUAAAUAUACUGUAAGUAUAGAUAUGACUAAGUCACAAAGUGUACAACUUGUAAAUGUAUAGUAUAGUUGUUUUCAGUGGAAUGUCUGAAUGUACUUCGGAUUGCAUUGUAUUGCCUUUGCAGCCUAAUUGAUUGUCGAUUUAUAGAGGGUUUAGGAAAAUGUCCAUUGCCAAGACCAGGUUUUAAUGAAUAAGAAACCUUAGAUAAUAACCUCAUAUUUCCUGUUGUAUUUACCUAGUGAGGGUCAGAGGGAGACAUUUUAAAGCAUCCACAAAUGAUAAAGCAA